AUGGGUCAGAUCAACGCCCCCCAGCCGGUUCUGUUGGUUCUGGCGGCGUUCAGCCGCUACGACGAGGCCUUCGAUUGGGCCCUCGCCCAAGCCUCAGCCACCUGGGGCACAGUGGCCCUGACCAGCCCUCGCUUCGACUUCGGCGAGACCGAUUAUUACGAAUCGACGAUGGGCCCGGGCCUCAAAAAGCAGUUUUGGGCCUUCGAAACCCUGAUCGAUCCGGCCCACCUUCCCCCCAUAAAGCGGCAAACAAACGCCUGGGAAGCUGCGUAUGCAGAACAGGGCCAGCAUGCCGAAGUCCGGCCGCUGAACCUGGACCCAGGCUACAUCACGCUCGCCAAGGUGGUGCUCGCCUCGACCAAAGAUCACGCCCAUCGGCUGUAUUUAGGCGAGGGCAUCUUUGCCGAGGUAACCUUGCGAUACCAACAAGGCGGCUGGAAGGCCUGGGAUUGGACGUUCCCAGACUAUCGCCGGGGCGACUACCAUCAAUUCUUCGACCAGUGCCGGGAAUAUGUCCGCGGGCAAUCGCGACGGGGAACAAGCGCGGAAAGCUUCGGGCUGGUCGAUCGUCCCGCGGGUCACAAGUCGCACCAGCAACCAACCCCAGCCGGCGGUGGAAUAGGCAUCUGGUUGGGCGUCGUCAUCCCGCUCGCUGCCGGUCAGUUGGUCCUCAUGUGGGCCGCCUCGUUAUCCGAUCCUUCGUGGUUGCCUGAGAUCGCCACCUAUCAUCUCGGCGGACUCGUUGAACAGUCCAGCCGGCUCUGGCUUUUGGUGGCCGCCGCCACAGUGCUCAUGCUGUUGGGCCUGGCCGACGAUCGUCGCGGGCUCGACUGGCGACUCCGCCUGGGCAUCCAAACCGCCGUGGCCGCCAUCGUCGUUUCGGCUGGCUGGCGGCUGACACUUUUCGUCGAACUGCCCUGGCUUACCGGCGCGAUUAGCGUGCUGUGGAUCGUCGCGCUGAUCAACGCCUUCAACAUGCUCGACAACAUGGACGGCCUCUCCGGCGGAGUGGCUACCAUCGCCGCAGCCAUGCUGGCCGCCGUCAUGCUGUUGGCCCCCGACCCCGUCACACGACAACCGCAGUUGUUCAUCGCUGGGUUCCUGCUGGUGCUGGUCGGCUCGUUGCUGGGGUUCCUCGCCCACAACCGGCCGCCGGCGAAGAUCUUCAUGGGCGACGCCGGCUCGUACUUCAUCGGUUUUUGGAUCGCCACCGGCACGCUGAUGGCCACGUUCGCCGGCGAGGGACUCCCCCGCCACGCCAUCUUGGCCCCACUCUGCGUGUUGGCUGUUCCGCUUUACGACACCACCAGCGUCGUACUCAUUCGACUCCGCAGAGGCGUCAGCCCCUUCCAAGGCGAUAACAAUCACUUCUCACACCGGUUGGUCGAACUUGGCCUUAGCCGCACGCAGGCCGUGCUAACCAUCUACCUCACCACCGCCACCACCGGCCUAGGAGCCCUUCUGCUGUACCAGGUCGAUGCGGCCGGCGCGAUCGUGAUCGCCCUGAUGGUGGUCUGUGUUCUGCUGCUCAUCGCCAUUUUAGAAACCACGGCCCGUCGCAAGAUGCGGAGGCAGCAAGCAACCGAACCGGCCGCCGAACCCGUAGCGGAGAAGCCCCUCACGGCAACCUCGCGCCUAAGGUUCAUCUGUGCCGUAGCGCUACUCGCAUUGUUCGUUGCCCGACCGUUCGUCCCCGGCGAUUCAAUCGCCGCCCUCGGCGACGGCCUGCCGGCCGUGAUGCUCACGCUAGUGUUGCUCAGCGUCUACGUUGGCUCGCUGGUGCUCGGCGGAGUUCGCCAGAUACGCUUCGGCGUCGUCGAUGCGGCCGUAAUCGUACUGUUCGCCAUCGAGAUGCUGGCCGCCGCCGUCGGUGCGCAAACCGGCGAGCCUCGCGCAGGCGUGAACAUCAUGUGGGAACUCACGGCCCUGGCCGCCAUGUCCCUGCUGGCCCGGCAACUCUUCCGCCCCGGCGACAUCCGAGCCGUGUUGGCCGUGAUGAUCGUCGUGGCCCUGGCCCAAUCCACGUUUGGCCUGUACCAAUACUUCAUCAGCAUGCCGGCCGAUCGGGCGUUGUACCUCGAAGACCCCGACGCCGCAUUACACAUGGCCCAGGUCGAUGCCCCCGUCGGCUCCGCCACCCGACAACUCUACGAGCAGCGGCUGAUGAGCACCGAGCCCAUGGGUCGCUUCGAUCUGCCAAACUCGCUGGCCGGCUUUCUCGCCACCUGGCUCGUCGUCCUGCUCGCCGCCACGGGGUUCGGUUCCAGCAAGAAACUCGCCACUUGGCUCAUCCCGCUGGCCCUUUCGAUUCCUAUUGCAAUCUGCUUACUGCUCACCAAAAGCCGCAGCGCCGUGCUGGCCGCCGGCGUUGGCUUCAUCCUGGCGGCGCUCAUCGCCGGAAGCAGAAAGCACCUGGCCUCCGGCAAAGCUCGCCUGGUAGUAGCAGGAGCUGCCGUAGCCGUGGUCCUCAUCGUCGGCAUCGCCUGGGGGCUCGGCGGGCUAGAUGCCCAAGUUCUCAGCGAGGCCCCCAAGUCGCUCGGCUAUCGCCUCCAGUAUUGGCAAUCCACUCUGGCCAUGAUCGGCGACCAUCCUUGGCUCGGCUGCGGGGGCGGCAACUUCCAAGACCAAUACACCCAGUACAAGCUCGCGGUCGCCAGCGAAGAAAUCGCCGACCCGCACAACUUCGUGUUCGACGUCUGGGCCAACUCCGGCACACUCGCCCUGCUAGCCAUGAUCGCCGUGUUUGUCCUCCUGGCCCGCACUCUCUGGCAGGCCACAUCCGCCCCCACCGAAAACGCCACACAACCCGCCGAACAAUACCAACCGCUGCCGCUCAUCUUCUCCGCCUCAAUUGCGGGGCUGGCCCUGGCCUUUGUUCUUGGCCUGCUGGGCCAGGUGAUGCUCUCCCCUAUCGAACUGCUCGGCCUGCUGAUCGUUACCUGCGGCGGUUUGUUUUUAUUGAAAUCCUGGAUCGCCGGCCCCGUCCCAUCGAUCGCGGUCCCCGUGUUGGGCCUGGUGGUGAUGCUGGUGAACCUCACCGCCGCCGGAGGGUUCCACUUCCCCGCGGUGGCCGCCUCAAUGUGGCUGCUCAUCGCCCUCACGGUCACCCUUGCCGAGGGCGACACACAGGCAGUCGAAGCCCCCCGCCCUGCCCUCAUGGCGGGUUUGGUCGUGUCGCUCAUCAUCCUGCUGGGCUGCUAUUCCACGGGCUAUCAGCCCGUCCUGCAGUGCAACCUGCUCUUACGGCGAACUCACGACCGGCAACUUCCGUAUCAAGAAAAGGUGCGUCUACUGCAGGAGGCCGCCGAGGCCGACCCGUUGAGUGCCAAACCGUGGUGGACGAUGGCCGCGCUCGAGGCCCAGCGACUGCAAGCCGUUCCGCAGGCCAGCAUGGGGAACCUUGAAGACCUGGACAAUUUCUCGGAGGCAUUCCUCAAUCGCGACCCCCUCAGUAGUGCGGCGCACGUGCAAGUCGGCGACUGGUAUUGGGACGUUUACCUCCGCUCGAAAAACCUGACGGCCCUGCAAACGGCCACCGAAGCCUAUCACCGCAGCGUAACCUUGUACCCCAACGAUGCAUCACGUCGGGCCCGGCUCGCCGUAGCACUCGAGGCCUCGCAACAAUCCGAGGAAGCGGCCGUGCAGCGUGAACGUGCCAUGCAACUCGACGAACUGACCCCACAUGCCGACAAGAAGCUUUCCGACGAAUUGAAACAGAAUCUGAUCGACGCUCAAAAUCGGGCAAAUUGA